GUGUGUAGGGAGAAAGGUCCGGAUGGCGGACCACACUGAUGUCAGCCUGCCCCCUGAAGACCGUGUCCGUGCCCUGACCAAGAAGGGCAGCUCUGUGGACGUGAACGAGGAUGUUCCCCCCCGGAGGUACUUCAGGUCAGGCAUGGAGAUGAUCCGCAUGGCCAACAUCUACACUGAGGAGGGAAACACCGAGCACGCCUUCGUACUCUACAACAAGUACAUCACGUAAGUUGAGUUGGUGAAACGUGUUCCUCUGUAGCUCAGCUGGUAGAGCACGGCGGUUGUAACGCCAGGGUAGUGGGUUCGAUCCCCGGGACCACCCAUACGUAAAAAUGUAUGCACACAUGACUGUAAGUGGCUUUGGAUAAAAGCGUCUGCUAAAUGGCAUAUUAUAAUUAAUAUGAAGUUAAUAUAGGCUACCCACACCAGCUCCGUUACAUUUGUAGGUUUUAGGGUGAAGCAGCAGAUUAAGGUGUUGUCAAGAGGACGGUCAUGUCACAAGACAGAGGACCCAAGAUGGUGUCCGGGGGGGAGAGAGAGGACCCAAGAUGGUGUCCGGGGGGGGAGAGGACCCAAGAUGGUGUCCGGGGGUGAGAGAGAGGACCCAAGAUGGUGUCCGGGGGGGGGGGGGGGGGGGGGGGGGGGGGGGGGGGAAGAGAGAGAGGACCCAGAUGGUGUCCUAGGGGGGAGGGGGAGAGAGAGAGGACCCAAGAUGGUGUCCUAGGGGGGAGGGGGAGAGAGAGAGGACCCAAGAUGGUGUCUGGGGGGGAGAGAGAGAGAGAUAGAGAGAGAGAGAGGACCCAAGAUGUAGUGUUGGGGGGGUGGGGGGAGAGGUAGGUAGGUAGGUCUGGGACACAUCCGGUGAACAGGUCAGGGAGCCGCAGCACAAGCAGGUGGACUGGGGACAAUCAUCAAUCAAUCAAUCAAUCAAAUAAUAAUCACAGUGGUUGUAGAGGUGCAACAGGGUCAGUACGCCGCCAUUUAGAUGGUUGAAAUAGCAGGUUGCGGUUAGAGAGAGAGAGAGUUGAAAACAGCAGUCAUGGGGACAUUGGUAGCACGUCCGGUGAACAGGUCAGGGUUCCAUAGCCGCAGGCAGAAGAGUGAAACUGGAGCAGCAGCACGACCAGGUGGACUGGGGACAGCCAGGAGUCAUCAGGCCAAGGUAGUCCCUGAUGCUGGUCCUAGGGGCCUCGGUUCCUCCGGGAGGGGAGGGAGAGAGAGAGAGGAGAGAGGGAAUUAGAGGGAGCAUACUUAAAUUCACACAGGACACCGGAUGAGACAGGAGAAUAACCACCAGAUAUAACAGACUGACCCUAGCCCCCCGGCACAUAGACUAUUGCAGCAUAGAUACUGGAGGCUGAGACAAGGGGGGGGGGGGUCGGGGGACACUGUGGCCCCGUCCGACGAUACCCCCGGACAGGGCCAACCAGGGCGGUUUUAACCCCACCCACUUUGCCAAAGCACAGCCCCCACAACACUUUGAGGGAUAUCCAACAGACCACCAACCUACCCCACCCUGAGACAAAGGCUGAGUAUAGCCCACCAACCUACUACCCUGAGACAAGGCUGAGUAUAGCCCACCAACCUACUACCCUGAGACAAGGCUGAGUAUAGACCACCAACCUACUACCCUGAGACAAGGCUGAGUAUAGCCCACCCAACCUACUACCCUGAGACAAGGCUGAGUAUAGCCCACCAACCCUAUACCCUGAGACAAGGCUGAGUAUAGACCACCAACCUACUACCCUGAGACAAGGCUGAGUAUAGUCCACAAAGAUCUCCUCCACCGCACGAGCCGAGGAGGAAGAUCACGUCAGUGACUCAACCCACUCAAAUCGAGUAUAGCUCAAUAAAGCCUGGCACGACGUGACGCACCCCUCCUAGGGACAGCAUGGAAGAGCACUAGUAAGCCAGUGACUCAGCCCCCGUAACAGGGUCAGAGGCAGAGGAUCCCAGUGGAGAGAGGGGAGCCGGCCAGACAGAAACAGUCACUCCAGUGCCUUACUGGUCACCUUCGCACCCCUGGGCCAGACUACACUCAAUCAUAGGACCUACUGAAGAGAUGAGUCUUCAGGAAAGACUUAAAGGUCGAGACCGAGUCUGCGUCUCUCACAUGGAUAGGCAGACCAUUCCAUGAAAAUGGAGCUCUAUAGGAGAAAGCCCUGCCUCCAGCUGUUUAUAUUAGAAAUUCUAGGGACAAUAAGGAGGCCUGCGUCUUGUGACCGUAGCGUACGGGUAGGUAUGUACGGCAGAACCAAAUCAGAGAGAUAGGUAGGAGCAAGUCCAUAUAAUGCUUUGUAGGUUAGCAGUUAAAACCUUGAAAUCAGCCCUAGCCUUAACAGGAAGCCAGUGUAGAGAGGCUAGCACUGGAGUAAUAUGAUCAAGUUUUUUGGGUUGUAGUCAAGAUUCUAGCAGCUGCGUUUAGCACUAACUGAAGUUUAUUCAGUGCUUUAUCCGGGUAGCCGGAGAGAAGAGCAUUGCAGUAGUCUAAUCUAGAAGUGACAAAAGCAUGGAUUAGCUUUUCUGCAUCAUUUCUGUACCAAACGUUUCAGAUUUCUGCAACGUUACGAAGAUGUGUUUCUGUUUGUCAUAAUGUUUCUAUUCAGGCUGUUCAUUGAGAAGCUUCCUAAACACAGAGACUACAAAACAGCCAACAUUCCAGAGAAGAAGGACACCUUGAAGGUAGGAUUCUAGAUUCUAAUGCGUAGUGUUCUAGGACAGUGUUUCCCAACCCUGGUCCACCAGUACCCCCCCCCCCCCAACAACCCAACCCUGGUCCACCAGUACCCCCCAACAACCCAACCCUGGUCCUCCAGUAUCCCCCCCCCCCCAACAACCCAACCCUGGUCCACCAGUACCCCCCAACAACCCAACCCUGGUCCACCAGUACCCCCCAACAACCCAACCCUGGUCCACCAGUACCCCCCAACAACCCAACCCUGGUCCUCCAGUAUCCCCCCCCCCCCCCCCCCCCCCCCCCCCCCAACAACACACCCAACCCUGGUCCACCAGUACCCCCAACAACCCAACCCUGGUCCACCAGUACCCCCCAACAACCCAACCCUGGUCCACCAGUUACCACCCCCCCAACAAUCCAACCCUGAUCCACUAGUAUCCCCCCCCAACAACCCAACCCUGGUCCUCCAGUAUCCCCCCCAACAACCCAACCCUGGUCCUCCAGUAUCCCCCCCCAAACAACCCAACCCUGGUUCUCCAGUACCCUCCAACAACCCAACCCUGAUCCACUAGUAUCCCCCCCAACAAUCCAACCCUGGUCCUCCACUACCCCCCCCAACAACCCAACCCUGGUCCUCCAGUAUCCCCCCCAACAACCCAACCCUGGUCCUCCAGUACCCCCCAACAACCCAACCCUGGUCCUCCAGGUCCUCCAGUACCUCCCCCAACAACCCAACCCUGAUCCUCCAGUAUCCCCCCCAACAAUCCAACCCUGAUCCACUAGUAUCCCCCCCAACAACCCAACCCUGAUCCACUAGUAUCCCCCCCAACAACCCAACCCUGAUCCUCCAGUAUCCCCCCCAACAAACCCAACCCUGAUCCUCCAGUAUCCCCCCCCAACAACCCAACCCUGGUCCUCCAGGUCCUCCAGUAUCCCCCAACAACCCAACCCUGAUCCACUAGUAUCCCCCCCAACAACCCAACCCAACCCUGAUCCACUAGUAUCCCCCCCAACAACCCAACCCAACCCUGAUCCUCCAGUAUCCCCCCCAACAACCCAACCCUGAUCCACUAGUAUCCCCCCCCAACAACCCAACCCUGAUCCACUAGUAUCCCCCCCCAACAACCCAACCCUGAUCCUCCAGUAUCCCCCCCCAACAUCCCAACCCUGGUCCUCCAGGUCCUCCAGUAUCCCCCAACAAACCCAACCCUGAUCCACUAGUACCCCCCCCCAACAUCCCAACCCUGGUCCUCCACACUGCUCUAGGACCUCUACGGUUCUCUGUUUUGAUGUGACAUGCUCUCAUCUGUCCCAACAGAGACUGAAGGAGGUGGCCUUCCCUCAAGCAGAGGUGCUGAAGAAGGCUCUUCUCAAGAUAUAUGAGCAGGAGCAUGCACAGUAUCUCAUCAAAAAGGUAAGAAGGCUCCUGCCCACCCAACUAUAUACCCCCAGUAGAGCCCUCUGUCCACCCCUGUAGACCUUCCUGCCCACCCAACUAUAUACCCCCAGUAGAGCCCUCUGUCCACCCCUGUAGACCUUCCUGCCCACCCAACUAUAUACCCCCAGUAGAGCCCUCUGUCCACCCCUGUAGACCUUCCUGCCCAUUCUACAACUAUAUACCCCCAGUAGAGCCCUCUGUCCACCCCUGUAUACCUUCCUGCCCACCCAACUAUGUACCCCCAGUAGAGCCCUCUGUCCACCCCUGUAGACCUUCCUGCCCACCCAACUAUAUACCCCCAGUAGAGCCCUCUGUCCACCCCUGUAGACCUUCCUGCCCAUUUUACAACUAUAUACCCCCAGUAGAGCCCUCUGUCCACCCCUGUAGACCUUCCUGCCCACCCAACUAUAUACCCCCAGUAGAGCCCUCUGUCCACCCCUGUAGACCUUCCUGCCCAUUUUACAACUAUAUACCCCCAGUAGAGCCCUCUGUCCACCCCUGUAGACCUUCCUGCCCACCCAACUAUAUACCCCCAGUAGAGCCCUCUGUCCACCCCUGUAGACCUUCCUGCCCACCCAACUAUAUACCCCCAGUAGAGCCCUCUGUCCACCCCUGUAGACCUUCCUGCCCAUUUUACAACGAUAUACCCCCAGUAGAGCCCUCUGUCCACCCCUGUAGACCUUCCUGCCCAUUUUACAACUAUAUACCCCCAGUAGAGCCCUCUGUCCACCCCUGUAGACCUUCCUGCCCACCCAACUAUAUACCCCCAGUAGAGCCCUCUGCCCACCUGAUUUGGUUGAUUAUAAUACUGUGUGUGUAGAAAGCGGAGGAGGCCACCCUGGCGCAGCAGCAGUCGAAGCAGCAGGCGGUGCAAGCAGAGCGGGACCGUGUUAUGGAGCUACAGCGCCGCCAACGGGAACAAGAGCAGUUCAGCGCCUUCGAGGAGAUGAUCAGGUAUGGAGUAACCUUACUGCCAACAGAAACUUCAUAUGAAUGUAAUCCUUUUUUUUCAUUUGCAUUUAAGAAAUGUAAUUUGAAUUCAUAAAUUCAACUUGUCGGCUAUUUCAUGAUUUGAAACUGGAUUGGAUGAAUAUUGCAUUCAUUUUCCAGUGCAGUCAAAAACGUGAUUUUCCUGUUUUAUAUACACUAUGUUGGAAUAAUACUGUGACAUUUUGAAAAUGUUGAGAAUGCCUUUUUAGUGUAAGAGCAGUUUUGUUUUGGUGGGAUGGAGUUUUGGCCUGCAUGGUGACAUCACCUGUUUUCCCCUUCCCACUCAGACCACUCCCAGACAGUCCUGGCAAAAUUCUUGCUUGAGAAAUGGCUCUUUGCUAAGAAGUUAUUUUUGUUUCUUUUUGACCAAUUGAAAACAAUCACAGUAAGGUACUUAGUUGUUACCCAGAAAUUAUUGGAUAUUGAGAUAAAAACGGCUGCACUGGACCUUUUAAAAAAAUAUUCAAAUAUGAAUCAAUAUUGACCCUAACGUGACUCCAUAAUCAGACGUCAGGAGCUGGAGAAGGAGAGACUGCGUAUCCUUCAGGAGUUUCAUGCUCCUGGGGCCCCUCCCCCCGACGCACCCCUCCUCCCAGGGAUCCAGGGCCCCUCCCUGCCCCUGGCCCCCACCCCCCCUCUGAGCCCGGGGGACAGCACCAUCCAGAGAAGACCCCCUGGCGGAAGCACCGGGCCCACAGCACUCCCCACCUUCGACCGGACGCUCAAACCUGGGGGUCUGGUCAGCCCUAGUGGGAACAACAGUGAGUACACACACACACAUACGCUGAGUGGACAAAACAUUAGGAACACCUGCUUUUUCCCUGACAUAGACUGACCAGGUGAAUCCAGGUGAAAGCUAUGAUCCCUUAUUGAUGUCACCUGUUAAAUCCACUUCAGUCAGUGUAGAUGAAGGGGAGGAGACCGGUUAAAGAAGGAUUUUUAAGCCUUGAGACAAUUGAGACAUAGAUUGUGUAUGUGUGCCAUUCAGAGGGUGAAUGGGCAAGACAAAAGAUUUAAGUGCCUUUGAACAGGGUAUGGUAGUAGGUGCCAGGCACACCGGUUUGAGUCAAGAACUGCAAUGCUGCUGGGUUUUUCACGCUCAACAGUUUCCUAUGUGAAUCAAGAAUGGUCCACCACCCAAAGGACAUCCAGCCAACUUGACACAACUGUGGGAAGCAUUGGGGUCAACAUGGGCCAGCAUCCCUGUGGAACGCUUUCGACACCUUGUAGAGUCCGUGCCCCGACGAAUUGAGGCUGUUCUGAGGGCAAAAGGGGGCGCAACUCAAUAUUUGGAAGAUGUUCCUAAUGUUUUGUGCACUCAGUGUACAUAGAACGAUUCAAAGGCUGAUCAACUUCUUCUACUCUGAACUACUUUUCUCCACGGAUGUUUCAUCUGGCUCCACAACAUAGAAUAGAAUAUCAUUUUAUUUUGGCUUUGCAAAUAAAACAUACAAAUUAAAUUAAACACAUGAUUCACAUUUGAAUGAGAGGAUAACACAUUUAUUAAAUCACUUCUUUCUGAAGUGGUCCUCAACAUGAUCAUUCAUGAUGGUGUAUUGUCCCUCCUGUGUCCAGACACCAUGGAUGGCAUGGUGGAUGGCAUCCGGCAGCUGGCAGUGCCCUCAGAGCUGUGCAGCAGCUUCCUCAGACUAGCUGAUUCCAACACCAGACGAGCUGUGGAGACCUGUGGCAUCCUCUGUGGCAAACUGGUAAGACCUAACUCUGUGUGUCUGUCUCUGUGUGUCUGUCUCUGUGUGUCUGUCUCUGUGUGUCUGUCUCUGUGUGUCUGUCUGUCUCUGUGUGUCUGUCUCUGUGUGUCUGUCUGUCUCUGUGUGUCUGUCUCUGUGUGUGUCUGUCUCUGUGUGUCUGUCUCUGUGUGUCUGUCUCUGUUGUGUGUGUCUGUCUCUGUGUGUCUGUCUCUGUGUGUCUGUCUCUGUGUGUCUGUCUCUGUGUGUCUGUCUGUCUCUGUGUGUCUGUCUGUCUCUGUGUGUCUGUCUGUCUCUGUGUGUCUGUCUCUGUGUGUCUGUCUCUGUGUGUCUGUGUCUGUCUGUCUGUCUCUGUCUCUGUGUGUCUGUCUCUGUGUGUCUGUCUCUGUGUGUCUGUCUCUGUCUGUCUGACUCUGUCUCUGUGUGUCUGUCUCUGUGUGUCUGUCUCUGUGUGUCUGUCUCUGUGUGUCUGUCUCUGUGUGUCUGUCUCUGUGUGUCUGUCUCUGUGUGUCUGUCUCUGUGUGUCUGUCUCUGUGUGUCUGUCUCUGUGUGUCUGUCUCUGUGUGUGUCUGUCUCUGUGUGUCUGUCUCUGUGUGUCUGACCCUGUGUGUGUUCCAGCUGAGGAAUGCGUUCACGGUGACCCAUGUGAUCGUGCCGAAGCAGAACGGCGGACCAGACUACUGCGACACGGAGAACGAGGAGGAGCUGUUUCUGAUCCAGGACCAGUAUGACCUCAUCACCCUGGGGUGGAUACAUGUGAGUUACACCAGAGACACUUCUAGGAGUGCUGAUCUAGGACCAGUUAAACAUGUUCCUCAGCGAGUUAAGCCUGCUUUAUGUUUUCAAACUGCUAUUGUGAUAACCCUACCAGAGAUACACUAUAUAUACAGCAGUAUGUGGACACCCCUUCAAAUUAGUGGAUACGGCUAUUUCAGCCACACCAGUUGCUGACAGGUGUAUAAAAUCGAGCACACAGCCAUGCAAUCUCCAUAGACAAACAUUGGCAGUAGAAUGGCCUUACUAAAGAGUUCAGUGACUUCCAACGUGGCACCGUCAUAGGAUGCCACCUUUCCAACAAGUCAGUUCGUUGAAUAUCUGCCCUGCUAGAGCUGCCCCGGUCAACUGUAAGUGCUGUUAUUGUGAAGUGGGAACUUCUAGGAGCAACAACGGCUCAGCCGCGAAGUGGUAGGCCACACAAGCUCACAGAACGGGACCGCCGAGUGCUGAAGCGCGUAAAAAUCGUCUGUCCUCGGUUGCAACACUCUACCGAGUUCCAAACUGCCUCUGGAAGCAACGUCAGCACAAUAACUGUUCGUCGGGAGCUCCAUGAAAUGUGUUUCCAGUCAUUUAGCAGACGCUCUUAUCCAGAGCGACUUACAGUUAGUGAGUGCAUACAUUUUCAUACUGGCCCCCCGUGGGAAACGAACCCACAACCCUGGCGUUGCAAGCGCCAUGCUCUACCAACUGAGCUACAGGGGACACUCUCAAUGGUGCAUCUGUAAAAGUUUGUGAGGGUCUUAGGGCCUAGCCAAAUAUCUUUAGCCUCCUGAGGUUGAAGAGGCUCUGUUGCGCCUUCUUCACUACACUGUCUGUGUGGGUGGACCACUUCUGAUUGUCAGUGAUGUGUAUGCCGAGGAACUCGAAGCUUUUCACAGUCGAGCUGGAUGGGGGCGCGCUCCCUCUGCUGUCUCCUGAAGUCCACGAUCGGCUCCUUCGUUUUGUUGAGGGAGAGGUUAUUUUCCUGGCACCACUCUGCCAGGGCCCUCACCUCCUCCCUGUUGGUGGUCUCGUCAUUGUUUGUAAUCAGGCCUACUACUGUUGUGUCGUCUGCAAACUUGUGAUUGCAGUCAUGGGUGAACAGGGAGUACAGGAGGGGGCUGAGGACGCACCCUUGUGGGGCCCCUGUGUUGAGGAUCAGCGUAGUGGAGGUGUUGUUGCCUACCUUCACCACCUGGGGGCGGCCCGUCAGGAAGUCCAGGACUCAGUUGCACAGGGCGGGGUUCAGACCCAGGGCCCCGAGCUUAAUGAGGGUACUAUGGUGUAGAAGGCUGAGCUGUAGUCAAUCAACAGCCUUCUUACAUAGGUAGUCCUCUUGUCCAGAUGGGAUAGGGCAGUGGGCAGUGUGAUGGCGAUGGCAUCAUCCCUGGAUCUAUUGGGGCGGUAAGCAAAUUGCAGUGGGUCUAGGGUGACAGGUAAGGUGGAGGUGAUAUGAUCCUUAACUAGCUUCUCAAAGCACUUCAUGAUGACAGAAGUGAGUGCUUCAGGGGCAAUAGUAAUUUACUUCAGUUACCUUCGCUUUCUUGGGUACAGAAACAAUGGUGGCCAUCUUGAAGCAUGUUGAGACAGCAGACUGGGAUAGGGAGAGAUUGAAUAUGUCCGUAAACACUCCAGCCAGCUGGUCUGCGCAUGCUCUGAGGACGCGGCUAGGGAUGCCAUCUGGGCCGGCAGCCUUGCGAGGGUUAACACACUUAAACGUCUUACUCACAUCAGCCACGGAGAACGAGAACUCUGGAGCGGCCCGUGUCGGCAGCACUGUGUUAUCCUCAAAGUGGGUGAAGAAGGUGUUUAGCUUGUCUGGGAGCAAGACGUAGGAGUCUGUGACGUGGCUGGUUUUCCCUUUAUAAAUCCGUGACUGUCUGGAGUCCCUGCCACAUACGUUUCGUGUCUGAGCCAUUGAAUUGUGUCACUCUGUCUUUGUACUGGCGUUUUGCCUGUUUAAUUGCCUUACGGAGGGCAUAACUACACUGUUUGUAUUCUGCCAUAUUCCCAGUCACCUUUGCAGUGGUUAAAUGCGGUGGUUCGCGCUUUGUUUUUUGCGCGAAUGCUGCCGUCUAUCCACGUUUUUUGGUUAGGUUUUAAUCAUCACAGUUGGAACAACAUCCCCUAUAAACUUCCUGAUGAACUCAGUCACCGUGUCAGUGUAUACGUCAAUGUUAUUCUCAGAGCUAACCUGGAACAUGUCCCAGUCCGUGUGAUCAAAACUACAUGCGAUGUGUUGAUAGAACUUCGGUAGGGUUUUUUCAGAUUUGCUUUAUUAAAGUACCCAGCUUUAAUAAAUGCAGCCUCAGGAUAUGCAGUUUCCAGUUUGCACAAGGUCCAGUGUAGUUCCUUGAAAGCUGUCGUGGUGUUGGUUUUAGGGGGAAUAUACACGGCUGUGACGAUAACCGAAGAAAAUUCUCUAGGGAGGUAAUGCGGUCGGCAUUUGAUUGUGAGGUAUUCUAGGUCGGGUGGUAUUUUUUAUAUUUUAUUAGGAUCCCCAUUGGCUGUUGCAAAGCAGCAGCUACUCUUCCUGGGGUCCACACAAAACAUGACAUAAUACAGAACAUUAAUAGACAAGAACAGCUCAAGGACAGAACUACAUCAAUUUAAAUAAAGGCACACGGAAAUCAAAUCGAAUGUUAUUUGCCACAUGCGCCGAAUACAACAGGUGUAGACAUUACCGUGAAAUGCUUACUUACAGCCCUUAACCAACAAAUGCAUUUUUAUUUAUUUAUAUAUAUUAUUAUUUGUAUAUAUAUUUUUGCCUUCAUAUCAAUACAUACAAACUAUCUAGGUCAAAUAUGGGAGAGGCAUUGUGCCGUGAGGUGUUGCUUUAUUUGUUUUUUGAAGCCAGGUUUGCUGUUCAUUUGAGCAAUAUUGGGAUUUACUGGGAUUUUGUUCCACUCCUCUUUGCAGAUCUUUUCCAAGUCAUUAAGGUUUCGAGGCUGACGUUUGGCAACUCGAACCUUCAGCUCCCUCCACAGAUUUUCUAUGGGAUUAAGGUCUGGAGACUGGCUAGGCCACUCCAGGACCUUAAUGUGCUUCUUCUUGAGCCACUCCUUUGUUGCCUUGGCUGUGUGUUUUGGGUCAUUGUCAUGCUGGAAUACCCAUCCACAACCCAUUUUCAAUGCUAUGGCUGAGGGAAGGAGGUUCUCACCCAAGAUUUGAUGGUACAUGGCCCCGUCCAUCGUCCCUUUGAUGCGGUGAAGUUGUCCUGUCCCCUUAGCAGAAAAACACCCCCAAAGCAUAAUGUUUCCACCUCCAUGUUUGACGUGGUGAUGGUGUUCUUGGGGUCAUAGGCAUCAUUCCUCCUCCUCCAAACACGGCGAGUUGAGUUGUAUUCAUCAAAGAGCUCGAUUUUGGUCGCAUCUGACCACAACACUUUCACCCAGUUCUCCUCUGAAUCAUUCAGAUGUUCAUUGGCAAACUUCAGACGGCCCUGUAUAUGUGCUUUCUUGAGCAGGGGACCUUGCGGGCGCUGCAGGAUUUCAGUCCUUCACGGCGUAGUGUGUUACCAAUUGUUUUCUUGGUGACUAUGGUCCCAGCUGCCUUGAGAUCAUUGACAAGAUCCUCCCGUGUAGUUCUGGGCUGAUUCCUCACCAUUCUCAUGAUCAUUGCAACUCCACGAGGUGAGAUCUUGCAUGGAGCCCCAGGCCGAGGGAGAUUGACAGUUAUUUUGUGUUUCUUCAAUUGGCGAAUAAUCGCACCAACUGCUGUCACCUUCUCACCAAGCUGCUUGGUGAUGGCCUUGUAGCCCAUUCCAGCCUUGUGUAGGUCUACAAUCUUGUCCCUGACAUCCUUGGAGAGCUCUUUGGUCUUGGCCAUGGCGGAGAGUUUGGAAUCUGAUUGAUUGAUUUCUUCUGUGGACAGGUGUCUUUUAUACAGGUAACAAAAUGAGAUUAGGAGCACUCCCUUUAAAAGUGUGCUCCUAAUCUCAGCUCGUUCCCUGUAUAAAAGACACCUGGGAGCCAGAAAUCUUUCUGAUUGAGAGGGGGUCAAAUACUUAUUUCCCUCAUUAAAAUGCAAAUCAAUUUAUAACAUUUUUGACAUGCGUAUUUCAGGAUUUUUUUGUUGUUAUUCUGUCUCUCACUGUUCAAAUAAACCUACCAUUAAAAUUAUAGACUGAUCAUGUCUUUGUCAGUGGGCAAACGUACAAAAUCAGCAGGGGAUCAAAUACUUUUUUCCCUCACUGUACAUACAUACAUACUACCAUUCAAAAGUUUGGGGUCACUUAGAAAUGUCCUUGUUUUCGAAAGAAAAGCCUCUUUUUUUUGUCCAUUAAAAUAACAUCAAAUUGAUCAGAAAUACAGUGUAGACAUUGUUAAUGUUGUAAAUGGCUAUUGUAGCUGGAAACGGCUGAUUUUUAAUGGAAUAUCUACAUAGGCGUACAGAGGCUGAUGAAUAUUUUUUUUAGUAUAACCAAAGUUAAUUACACACAUGACAAACAAGGAGUCUGCUAAAUGGCAUAUUAUUAUUAUAUUAUUAAACAUUGGUACAUUGCUGUUGCUAGGCAAGGACUUAGUGAAUUCCUCUCACUAGGUUUGUGUGUGUGUAAAAUGGGCAUCUGCCCUGUCAUUGGGUCAAAUUCUACAGUAGUCUUAUGUUAUCUGUGACUGGAACCAGACUAUGACCCUGUGGCUCUCCUUGGGCAUAUCCCUGGAGCGAACCAGACUAUGACCCUGUGGCUCUCCUUGGGCAGAUCCCUGGAGUGAACCAGACUAUGACCCUGUGGCUCUCCUUGGGCAUAUCCCUGGAGCGAACCAGACUAUGACCCUGUGGCUCUCCUUGGGCAUAUCCCUGGAGCGAACCAGACUAUGACCCUGUGGCUCUCCUUGGGCAUAUCCCUGGAGCGAACCAGACUAUGACCCUGUGGCUCUCCUUGGGCAUAUCCCUGGAGCGAACCAGACAUGACCCUGUGGCUCUCCUUGGGCAGAUCCCUGGAGCGAACCAGGGUGGCUCUCCUUGGGCAGAUCCCUGGAGCGAGCCAGACUAUGACCCUGUGGCUCUCCUUGGGCAGAUCCCUGGAGCGAACCAGGGUUGAAACCCUGUGGCUCUCCUUGGGCAGAUCCCUGGAGCAAGCCAGGGUUUGAACCCUGUGGCUCUCCUUGGGCAGAUCCCUGGAGCGAACCAGGGUUGAACCCUGUGGCUCUCCUUGGGGCAGAUCCCUGGAGCGAACCAGGGUUGAACCCUGUGGCUCUUCUUGGGCAGAUCCCUGGAGCGAACCAGGGUUGAACCCUGUGGCUCUCCUUGGGCAGAUCCCUGGAGCGAACCAGGGUUGAACCCUGUGGCUCUCCUUGGGCAGAUCCCUGGAGCGAGCCAGGAUUGAACCCUUUGGCUCUCCUUGGGCAGACCCCUGGAGCGAACCAUUUUGAACCCUUGGCUCCCCUAGGCAAUCCGGGACGGCCAGGUUGAACCCUGUGGCUCUCCUUUGGCAACCCCCUGGAGCGAGCCGGGUUGAACAGAGUUCAGGCAAACCCCCCAUUGUCUCCCUUUGGGGCGUCUUCUUGAUUGAUUCAGAUGAGGGGGGUGGGGUUUGUGUAUGUUUGAAAGUUUAAAGGAGGACCGUCAUGUCCAAAAACAGUCUCAGGUAAAGCCCGGGAGAGCCGGGUUAAACAAUUUAAACUGAACAUUGUGUUUUUGAAAAAUGAGGGAUUGGUUGAUUUAUUACUUUUGAUUCUGAACUAAAUAAAUAAAAUUUUAGCCCUUUCAAAACAAAGGAGGGGGAGGGGGGUAGAGAACUAAGGGGGGUAAGGACUAAGGGAGGGGUUAGAGGACAAGGGGACGGCGGAGCGGUAAGACUAAGGGAGUGGGCGAGGGGUUGAGAGACAAAGGAGGGUGGAACUAAGGGAGGGGUAGAGAGACUAAGGGAGCGGGCAAGCGGUAAGAACUAAGGGAGCGGCGAGGGGUAGAAAACUAAGGGAGCGGCGGAGCGGUAAGAGACAAGGGAGCGGGCGGAGCGGUGAUAACUAAGGGAGCGGGGGGAGCGAGAGAAAAGGAGGGGGCGACGGUAGAGAGACUAAGGACGGGAAAGGCUAGAAAACUAAGGGGCGGGGGAGGGGUAAGGACUAAAGGAGGGUAGAAACAAAAGGGAGCGUAGAGAACUAGGGAGGGGGGCAGCUUAGAGAGACUAAGGGGCGGCCGAGCCAAAGGAGACAAAGGAGCGGGCGAGGGGUAGAGAGACUAAGGGCGGACGGAGCGGUAAGGACAAAGGGGGGCGGGGGGAGCGGUAAGAACAAAGGAAAGGGGGGGAGGGGUAGAGAACAAAGGGAGCGGGAGGGGGGUAAAAACGGGGAACGGGCGGGGGGGAACUAAGGAGGGGUAAGAGACUAGGGAGGGGGCGACGGUAGGGGAUAAGGGCGGGGGGGCGGUAGAGAGACUAAGGAGCGAGGGAGCGAAAGGGAACUAAGGGGCGGGCGGAGCGUAAGAGCAAAGGGGAACGGGGGGAGCUUAGAGAGACAAGGGGGGAGGAUGGUAGAACUGGGGGAAACGGGCGGAGGGGUAGAGAGCUAGGAGCGGUAGAGAGACUAAGGGAGUGGGGGGAGCGGAAAGAGAAC